AUAACAUGUCUUUCAAAAAUUUGAAAGUAGAGCAUCUAGAAGAUCAAUUGACGAUUACUUUAUCGAAAUUGUAUCCGAUGCGCAAGUUCGGUUUAGUUAAGAUCGGGGAGAAGAAGUGGUUUUUGUCAAAUAAAUACAUUGAAAACGGUGACAAAAUAUAUAGUUUUGAAAUUCGUCCAGAUGAUACAUGGAUUGUUACUUAUCCUCGAUCAGGUACAACUGUGAUGCAGGAACUCGUAUGGUUGGUGGCGAACGACAUGAAUUUUGACGAAGCGCAACGAAGGACUUUAAUGGACAGAUUUCCCUAUAUAGACAUGGAAACAUUUCAUGGAAACAUGCAAGAUAGUCAUAUAAUUUCAACCACCAUUUCUAAUGAAGAAAAGAAAAAUAUAAAUAAGUAUACCAUCAAAUUCGUGCAAAAUCAAUUGUCGCCGCGUUUUAUUAAAAGUCACAUGCCUUUCAAUCUAUUGCCAACAGUCGUAAACAGCGAUUGCAAGAUCAUCUAUGUCGCUCGAAAUCCAAAAGACGUAGUAGUCUCAUGGUAUAAUUUCCAAAAAAAUCACAAAUUUGUCCAGUACCGAGGAACUUUCGAACAAUUUUGUAAUAAUUUCAUGAAUGAUCACGUCGACUAUAGUCCAUACUGGGAACAUGUAAAGGAAGCUUGGGCAAUGAGGCAUAAAACAAACUUGUUGUUCCUCUUCUACGAAGAUUUGAUAAAAGAUUUGCCUGGAAUCAUCAAGAAGGUCGCCGUGUUUUUCGGUAAGACUUAUAGCGAUGAGCAGAUCGCCAAGUUAGUAGAGCAUUUGAAGAUAGAGAACUUUCGGAAAAAUCCCAUGGUAAAUUAUCCGGAUUUUAAAUCGACGAUCGAACCCAAAGAGUUUAUUCGGAAAGGAAAAGUAAAUGAUUGGGAAGAAGUAUUCACAUCAAAAAUAGAGGAAAAAUUUAACAAGUGGAUCGCUGAUAAUUUAAAAGAUACGGAUCUAACGUUUCCAAACUAA